AUGCAGAGGCUUCAAGCUCUUGCUUGCCUGGGAGCCGCCGCCCACGCAGCCACUGCUGCUGCUGCCAACUCGGCGCCCCGUGGCGUCAGCCCAGAGUUCGUCAAGUACUACGGUAACAAGGACACCUUUACCUGCAUUUCGCACCCGUCGAUCAUCAUCUCCUCUUCCAAGGUCAACGACAACUCCUGCGACUGUCCUGACGGUUCCGACGAGCCGGGUACCUCUGCCUGCGCCUACCUCGACCCGCUCUCCCCGCCUCAGCCUCUCCCGGGCUCCGUCUCCGGCACGACCAACACGUCCAAUGCCCUGCCUGGCUUCUGGUGUGAGAACAAGGGCCACAUCGGGUCCUAUGUGCCCUUCAUAUACGUCAACGACGGCGUGUGCGACUACGAGCUCUGCUGCGAUGGCAGCGAGGAGUUCAGCGGCGCUGGGGGCGUCAAGUGUCCCAACAAGUGUGCCGAGAUUGGCAAAGAAUGGCGCCGCAUCGACCAAGAGCGCAGGGACAACCUCGAGCGAGCCAACAAGCGCCGGCGGACCAUGGUGAAGGAGGCCAAGGAGCUGCGGCGCCGCGUCGAGGCCAAGAUCGAGUCCCUCACCAACGAGAUCAAGGACCUUGAGAUCAAGGAGAACGACCUGAAGAACAAGCUGCUAGAGGCAGAGAGGCAGGAGCGCGGCCGAGUCGUGCAUGGCGAAGGCGUCGGCAAGCUCGGGGUCUUGACUGCCCUGGCCAAGACGCGGAUCAGCGAGCUGCGUGACGUGCUGGGUCGGGUCAAUGCCGAGCGCAGCGACUACAAGACCAAGGCCGAGGAGCUCGAGAGUAUCCUGGCCGCCUUCAAGGAGGAGUACAACCCCAACUUCAACGACGAGGGUGUCAAGAAGGCGGUGCGGGCCUGGGAGGAUUAUGCCGCCAAGAAGGCUGGCGAGUAUGCCAACCCCGUCGCCGAGGAGGACAUCAACUCUGCGCUCGCUGCCGACAGCGAGGAGUCUGGCAUCAACUGGAGCGAGUUUGAGGACGAAGAGAUGACCGAUACCGAUAUUCUCUACAGCCUUGAGGCUUACCUGCCGGGCCCACUUCGCGACUACCUCCACGGCAGAAUCAACUCCCUCCGCACCUGGCUUAUCGAGAAUGGUAUGCUCGCCGACAACGCAUCCGAAAAGAGCGAGGGCCGCCUGGUCAAGGCCGCGCGAGAGCAACAUCAGGCUGUUGAGCGGGACCUGCAGAACAAGAAUAGGGAGCUCGCCGACCAGGAGAACGACCUUUCCAAGGACUACGGCAAGGACGACAUCUUCCGGCACCUCAAGGGUAAGUGCGUCUCCACGGACGCUGGCGAGUACACGUACGAGCUGUGCUGGCUCGGGCAGACGACGCAGAAGAGCAAGAAGGGCAGCGGCAACAGCAACAUGGGCCGGUUCGACCGCAUCGAGUACGAGAACGCCGACGAGGAGGACCGUCACGAUGGCAAGGGACUGGGCCGCGGCCGCCGCAUGGUGCUGAAGUACGAGAAUGGCGCAGGCUGCUGGAACGGCCCGAACCGCAGGACCGAUGUCUGGCUGGGUUGCGCCGAGAACGAGGAGCUUUGGCGCGUCAGCGAGAUGGAGAAGUGCGUUUACCGUAUGGAGGUCGGCACGCCAGCGGCCUGCGAGGAGGCAGUUGCUGAGGGUCAGCAGGGCCACGGCAAGGAUGAGCUGUAA